AUGGUGGCCCUGACAGGUGGACGUGGAGGCCAGGUGGCCAAAUGUUUGGCCCGUGAAAUCCGUGGGGAAGUUUGGAGGGUGUCGACGUACGGCUGCCUCCCUCUCCACCAGGUGUUCUCCAUCGUGGUGUUUGGCUCCAUUGUCAAUGAAGGGUACGUGAACCGCCUGGACGAGACACAAGAGCACUGCAUUUUCAACCGCAAUCACAAUGCCUGCAACUAUGGCAUUACCGUGGGUGUCCUUGCCUUCCUCAGCUGCCUUCUUUACCUGGCUCUAGAUGCCUACUUUCCGCAGAUCAGCAGCGUCAAGGACCGCAAGAAGGCAGUGCUCUCGGACAUCGGAGUUUCGGCCUUUUGGGCAUUCCUCUGGUUCGUUGGCUUCUGCUUUCUGACCAACCAGUGGCAAGCUUCAAAAGAAGAGGACAACCCAAUGAAUGAGGGAGGGGAUGCAGCCCGAGCAGCCAUCACGUUCUCGUUCUUCUCCAUCUUCACCUGGGUGGGCCAGGCAUUCCUGGCGUAUCAGCGUUUCCGGCUGGGUGCCGAUUCGGCCCUCUUCUCCCAGGACUACAUGGACCCAAGCCAGGACUCCGGCAUGCCUUAUGCUCCCUACACGAAUGAGGAGGAUGCUACAGACGCGGUGGGGACGUACCAGCAGCCCCCUCCAGCAGAUGCUUUCGACACCGAGACACAGGGGUACCAAACGCAGAACUACUGAGCCACCGAUGCCCCUUUCCCUUCCCCCUUCCCUUCUGCCCCCUUUCCCACUGCCGGCAGAAAGCCGAGGCACAAACCAGACGUGCGUAGUGGCACAAGAAGUGGCUCUCAGCUAUGCUCCAGCCUUCUGGGUCAUCUGUUUUUAUUUACAGUUUUUAAAAAAGGAAAAAAAAGAAAAAAAGGUUUCCCCAUCACCUCUUCCUCCUCCUCCUCCCCCCAAAACUACCUGCCAGAACCAAAUUCUUCCAAAAUCUGUCACUGCGUUGUGAGAGGAAGGUCCCCCCUUACCUCCUCUCCCUCCUGCCUUGCUGUGGAGGGCAGAGUCUGGCCAGUGAGCAGGAGAGGGGCAACGGCACCAGCAGGGCAGGGGAGAGGGUGCUGGAGGCAGAAGGAAAGGGGUGAGAGGGACCGGGGACAUUCCUAGAAGAGACGGUGUCGCUAAAGGCUGGAGUAGACGUGGGAGCAUCCGAAUCGGGCCAGAGGGUCUGGUGGCUCAGGGAGGGGGACGGUGUUAGAGUCAGCAUGCAGAUGUGCAGGGGUGGAGAGGGGGCUGGAGGGGGGUGGGAAUGAUGUCCCCUGUGCAAAGACUUUUGGGCUUUUUUGUGGGCUUUUCUCUCCCACCCACUAGUGAGGGAGGGGUGCUUUAUUUUUAGAGCGUUUGGGGAGAAGUGGUAUUGGGGGGGGGAGCACAAAGAGAUAAAAUGGGAAGGGAAGGAGGAAGAUUUGCGGGUACAAUCAAAAACCACAGGCACGUCUGUAGGUUACAGCAAGAGACUCGGCAGAGCAGAGGGGCAUGAGAGUCACUCCUUCCCCAGCCCCCUUGGAUUGAGGUGGAGGUGGUUCCCCUCACCUGUACGUCCUGCUCACCAUUCUUCUCAGACCAGUGUUUGGUGAGGCAGGAGGGGAGCCAUGCCCAGUCCCUGACCCCCAGGCGCAGUCCCUGUGGGAGGAAGGAUGGAGGAGGUGGGCUUCUAGGGGGCCCUGAGAGCCCUCAUCCCCAGCUGGGCUGGUUCGAGGGGAGAGGAGAGCUUUGCCAUUUCACCCUGGGCAGGAGGAGGAGAAGAAAGCCAGUUUUGCUCCUCAGGUCCUGCUGAACCCUCUUCCGUUCCUUUGCUACCACAGUGCAAAGCCUCUUGCUGACACCAUCUUUGUAGCACACAGGAAUGGAGCAAGACUCCCCCUGGAAAGAAAUACUGCUGCUGGGAUGGCCAGCACACGUCUGGCUCUUGCACAGGGGUGCAACCAAGCGGGGAAGGGUCCUGCCCCUCACAGCUGUGCUUUGCCUCCCACUCAGAUGUGGAGGAGGUCUUAGUGCGCAGAGAAUUGGUUGGGGCCAGACCGAGCUCUCUGAAAACUGGUCUUGCUGUACUUACCAUAGACUAUACCUUAGUGCGUCUUCUGCAGCAUCUCAAAUCCUGGCUGUCUUUAAAGCCUCACCUAGGUGGCAGUAGUGACUCUCAGAUAGAGCUCGCAUUGACAUCAUUCCACACUCCUCAUCAUUUUGCUUUAGGUAAAGACACGAUUCUGGAAGCACACUGUUUAUUCCAGGAUAGAAGUAAUGUCUAUGCAUGAAGACGGUCCCUAAAGGGAAAUAAUUCAGCAAUAGCCACCUGGACAAUUCUCUCCAGCACAGGCAUAUCUCAGAGUACAAGAAGCAGGGUAGGCCUUGCAGCAGUGAGGAGCUCCAUCCCCCGGGCAGCCACCCUGCCCCAUGCAAUGCUGGCUCCAGUAGCAGAGAUCACGAGCAGAUCCAAAAUCCGUAGGUGCUUCCCUUGAGCGUCCAGCCUAUUCCCUGUAGCACCCUUAGGAGUCAGGAGGAUGGGACACAGUUCUGGCCUGUGGUUUAGUAAACAUCUCAUCUUGGAGGACAUCGAGGUUACCAGUCCUUCCCCUCCUCCCAGCACGACUCCGCUCCAUCUGCCCCACGACGAUAGGGAAGGGGUAGAAAAAUGUAGAGCUGCAGGCCCCAAGAGGGAAGGGGGGGCAGUUGUUCUCUGCUGUAUAUAGGCACCAUUUCUACCUGCUCCUACCAGCAGACUUGUGCUGCCGGUGGCUCUCCCCAUGGCUUGUCCUCCCCAUGGCUUGCCCCACCUUGCUGGUGGUUAACCACUGGUGAGGAUGGGAGAGGGGGACCAGCUAGCCCCGUGGAUGCACCAGGAGGGACUGGGCACACAUCCCUUGCUCUGUGGCCGUGAGUGAAAGCAAUACUGUAAAUAGGAGGGGUAUUUUUUGGAGGGAAGCCCCUCGGGCUUCUUCUUCUGUGGGCUUAGCCUAAUAUUUAGGCUUGGGAGGGGGUUACUUUAUUGAGAGAGGUUCGUUAUGACUGUAGCUGUGGGGGGAGCUCCCUCCAGUCCAUCUCUCCUGCCGGGGGAGAGGAAAGAACGAAUGACGAGGUGGAAGAGGAGCAAAACUAGUUGUACUCACCCAGAUUCAUCUGUGUCAUCCUUCGUGCUUUCGUUUUGGAUGUCUGAAGGGAACCAAGAGGAGGAGGAGGAGGUUAUAAAUAACCAGCCCUCAGCACAAAAAUGUGUUGUACUUUUUGGGAGGAACUGCCCAUCACCUGUCCCCUCUCCUCGGUGAGGGGGUGAGGGACCGGGCGCAUGAGGAGAGGUACGGACCAUACGUGGGGGGGUCUACCUGGGGCUCUGUUUUGGGGUGUAGCACAGAAGCGUCUUACAUGCCCCUUCUCCCAUCAGAGUUAUGUAGAUGGCUGAACACCAUUUGGGGCUGACUAAUGAGCAAGCUUUUCUUUAUCCUCUUUGGCUUGCUUCCCUCAUGUAAGCAGCUGAUGGGCUCUGGUGGGCUGCAGGUAGGAAUGAGCCUCCCCCUCAGAGCCGGCACUUCAGUGAGGGAUGAGCCAGGUGGCUUCAUCCUAGGUUACUGCCCAUCUCUCUGUCCCUUUCCUCCUUCCUUUGUGUCAUAGGAAAGGCAUUGGUGUGGCAGGGGACACUAUAACAGUAGAUACUUGGGCGACUUCUUGCUUUUGCUCAUGGGAGAAGGCAUACUCUCCUUGGGUUGACUUGCUUUUAGCCUUUGCAGUGGAGGGUUGGUGGUGACAGACCUGGGGGUGGGACUCUCCUUGUUUGCAUGUAGCUCUUUAAAAUGCAACUUCCAGUGGCAUUUGGCUAGUUCUGCAGCUGAUGAGAGAUACAGACCUACCCAAAGGGCUGGUUAUCUUAUCUUAGGCACUUCUGAUAAGGUGCUGCCUAUUUCUGGUGAUCGUAGGCAAGACCUGAGCAGCUGGCUGGAACAUGUCCCUUUUAGAUCCUAAACGUGGGUGAGAUCAGCCCCACUCUAGGGAUAAGGAGAUCAGAGGGAAUGCUGCAUAAGCAAAACGAUAAGGUGGCUUUCUUCCCCCUCUGCCAUUUGUCUGGAUUACAGAGGAUUCUACAUCCCCUGUUGGGAGCAACGGCCCCUUGAUGUUUUCUUAUCUUAUGAAGCCCCCAAUUAAGGGACUGUUUUGUGGAAGUAGGGGCUGUGAAGGGCAAAGGGAUGAUGAAACUUUGCCCCAAUUCUACCUGUGGCUUCAGUCUCCUGACGUGUCCCCAUCCCCGGCUCACCCACGUCCCCACCACACUGUUCAUCACCUCAUCACACACCCUUCCCCUCCGCAUUAUUCCUGGCAGUUCCCUCAGGGGAGGAGGCGUCUUUGUCCCUGCACCCUCACAAGCACGUGGGAGGACCUGGGAAGGCAGCGUUGCGGGGUGGUUCCCGCAGGAGUCUCGGCUCCGGUCCCCAGAGCAGGUACAAGGCAAGGAGCCCAGCGAGGCCACCUCAUGCAGCAAGUCCAAACCAUCCAUCCAGACAACUCCCUGCUGCCUGCGUGGCAUCUGUAACACCACCUGGGCUGCCCUGCCCCUUCCCCUGCCGCAUUACUGCCUGUUUAUAGUAUAUAUAUUAUAUAUAUAUUUAAAAAGAUGUAUAAUAUAAAGCUAUACAUAUAUACGUAUAUACGAUGACUCAUGGAUGGCCUGCCGCAUACAGGAUCCCCUGAGUGGUCUUGUCUAAGCCCGAGUGUCCCUUCACCCCUCUUCCCCCUCCGGCCCUCGCCCUUGUCCGUUCCGAAA